AUGGCCGUGCCGGCGCCUCUCCUGCCCCCGGCCCCGCUGGUGCCCCCGCCGCCGCCGCCGCCCGUCGCCACCUCGGCCGCCUGCACCGCCACCACCGCCAGCGCCAGCACCACCACCCCCGCCGCCGCCUCGCCGCCCGCCGGCGCGCCUUCCGCGGCCGCCGCCGCCGCCGCCUCGUCGGGGGGGAGCAGCCUGUUCCGGCCCGAGCCGGCCGGCGUCCCCGCGGCCACUUGCAGCCCGGAGAGCAGCUGCAGCGCCAGCCUGGGCCCCGGGCCCGGCCCGGGCAGCGGCGGAGCCUCCAGCGCGGCGGGAGCCGGGGCCGGGGCCGGCGUGGGCUUGCCCGUCCCCGGGGCGGCCGCGCCGGGCAAGCCGGUGUACUCGACCCCGUCGCCGGUGGAGAACACGCCGCAGAACAACGAGUGCAAGAUGGUGGACCUGCGGGGCGCCAAGGUGGCCUCGUUCACGGUGGAGGGCUGCGAGCUGAUCUGCCUGCCGCAAGCCUUCGACCUCUUCCUCAAGCACCUGGUGGGCGGCCUGCACACGGUCUACACCAAGCUCAAGCGCCUGGAGAUCACGCCCGUGGUCUGCAACGUGGAGCAGGUCCGCAUCCUGCGCGGCCUGGGCGCCAUCCAGCCCGGCGUCAACCGCUGCAAGCUCAUCUCCAGGAAGGACUUCGAGACCCUCUACAACGACUGCACCAACGCCAGUUCCAGACCUGGACGGCCUCCUAAGCGGACUCAAAGUGUCACCUCUCCAGAGAAUUCUCACAUUAUGCCGCAUUCUGUCCCCGGUCUCAUGUCUCCGGGAAUCAUCCCACCCACAGGUCUCACAGCUGCAGCCGCCGCCGCCGCAGCUGCCACCAAUGCCGCCAUUGCAGAAGCAAUGAAGGUGAAAAAAAUCAAAUUAGAAGCUAUGUCAAACUAUCAUGCCAGUAAUAAUCAGCAUGGAGCAGAAUCCGAGAAUGGAGAUCUGAAUUCUAGUGUGGGCCUGGAGCUUCCUUUUAUGAUGAUGCCGCACCCACUCAUUCCAGUCAGCUUACCGCCCGCCUCUGUCACAAUGGCCAUGAGUCAGAUGAACCACCUUAGCACCAUUGCAAACAUGGCAGCUGCAGCACAAGUACAGAGUCCUCCCUCGAGAGUCGAGACGUCUGUGAUUAAGGAACGAGUCCCAGACAGCCCUUCUCCUGCUCCAUCCCUUGAAGAGGGCCGAAGGCCCGGAAGCCACCCGUCCUCUCAUCGCAGCAGCAGCGUUUCCAGCUCGCCUGCGCGAACUGAAAGUUCUUCAGACAGAAUCCCUGUCCAUCAGAACGGACUAUCCAUGAACCAGAUGUUAAUGGGUUUAUCACCGAAUGUUCUACCUGGCCCCAAAGAAGGUGACCUGGCUGGCCACGAUGGCGGUCAUGAUUCAAAAAGAAUGCACAUGGAGAAAGAUGAGACCUCGCUCUCCACACCAACCGCAAGAGACAGCCUUGACAAACUUUCGCUAACUGGGCACGGGCAGCCACUACCUCCAGGUUUUCCAUCUCCUUUUCUUUUUCCUGAUGGAUUGUCGUCCAUAGAAACCCUUCUGACAAAUAUCCAGGGCCUGCUAAAGGUUGCCAUAGACAACGCCCGAGCUCAAGAGAAGCAGGUCCAGCUGGAAAAGACAGAGCUCAAAAUGGAGCUGUUCAGGGAACGAGAACUGAGGGAAACACUCGAAAAACAGUUGGCGGUGGAACAGAAGAAUAGAGCAAUAAUUCAGAAAAGGUUAAAGAAGGAAAAGAAAGCCAAGAGGAAAUUGCAGGAAGCACUCGAAUUCGAGACAAAGCGGCGAGAACAAGCAGAGCAGACAUUGAAACAGGCAGCGUCCACAGAUAAUCUCAGGGUCCUAAAUGACUCUCUGACCCCAGAGAUAGAAGCUGACCGCAGUGGGGGCAGAACAGAUGCUGAAAGGACAAUACAAGAUGGAAGACUUUAUUUGAAAACUACUGUUAUGUACUGAACUUAACCUGUUGACAAAACGUGUGCUACGGUAAAGAACUCUGCAGUAAGAAAUUGACCAUUCCCGAAGUUCUGCAAAAAAACAAAGGUGCUUUCCAGGCAACGUGGCCACUUCAUGUAUCCGUGUGUUCUGCAGAGGUUUUAAGCAUUCUGCCAAGAGCAUCCUCCACUAGUUUGCAAGGGCUUUGCCCUAUGAUGCAGAGAACAUUUCUACACCUUAUGUAGCACUCUUCUCAACAGCUAGCUGACUGCAGCUGUUGUAUAGACCGGACAGAGAAAGACUUUGCAUUCCCUUUUCAGUGGAAUGAAAAAAACUGUGUCCUCCUCUGAUAAUCUGAGCACAUCAAGCAAAUCUUCCACAAUGGCUGCUUCUAUACCGAAAGACUAGUAUGCCAUACGUAAACCAGCAAGAGAAUACAGAAGUGAACUUUUCUCUAAAGGGGCAUAAGAAGAUUCUUACAAACACAAAAUGGGAAAGAGAGGGAACAAAUCAAAAGUUACACACAUUUUAUUUCAAAUUCUAGGAGAGGGUCUUGUUUCCCUUAUAGACACGUUUUAUCCCACGUACUUUUACAAGAGACCAACACAUUGCAGAAGCCGAAUACAAUUUUAUCUUGGGAAAAGAGCCGAAUGUAAAUUUUACUGUUGACCAAUAGUCUUUGCUUAAAUUAAAAUAAAAAAGGUUUAUAAGUUCUCUUUUGAGUUGUGUGGGAGGAGAAACAACAACAAUACGUUGCUUCGUACUGAAACUGUUGGUCAGGUCAUGUACAGUAUAUAACCACCAACCACACAGAGAAGGUAUUAUGUAUGCAGUAGAUUACUAGAUUUUAGGAAAAUGACAAUUUUAGAUAACAUGUUUUGUCACCCUGUUGGUCCAAAUGACACCUUUCUAGAUUUAACGCAUGCAGGCAUGUAAAUAUUCGUCCUGAAGUCACAGUAUUAAUGAACAAGAUCUUACGCAUCUGGGGAUGACGGCCACAUUUAUUUGUAUAUUGGUCAGUGCCAUGAAAGAGCACUUUUAGAGUGGAUUGUGGCUCAAGAGCAAGUCGACCCACCAGAAAUAUUUUUAUAUGUUAAUGUCAUAUUGCGACAAUGUUGCUGGGGGAAAAGAUACCCAGAAACUAAACAGACACUUGAUGUAUCAGUCCAAUACCACGUACUAAGUGAUAAAAAGUUGAAGUCGUUUGUCCUUCCUAUUCACCGUGUCUUGGGCAAGGACAAGUUAUGUGUUAUUUUUAUUGUCUUUAUAAACUCUACAACAUAUGUUCUCCAACUUCGUGCUCAUAACUGGAAGUGAGCUACAACAGAGUGCUUAUAACAUAUUAAGCAAUCUUCUUUGCUCUGCAUACUUCUCCAGGUUUUCCCUUUAAAGACAACCCUGAAGUUUAGGUUCAUCAUUCGAGACGAUGCUUUCUUCCUCUGUAAGGUUUUCUGCCUAUAUUGAUCAGGAACCAAACAUGCCUAAAAUUCCUCAGUUGAAAAUAUUUUUGAUUGUCAAAAUAAUACCUGUGAUCAAAAUAAACAAAGGGACAAACUACGUUAUAUUUCCCACAAGUUCACCACAAGGAUUUGCAGCCAUGAGGCAGCUGUGAGUUCCCAGCGGUGACUCCAUUUAGAAACACUGAAGGGGGCCCAUUUUGGAUCAGGAGCUUUACACCAGGCCGGGGGUGGGGGGUCACUCAGGCAGAAUGCAGUGUGUAGUUUGGCAUUAAUCCUGUUUUAAAAUCUCAACCACCCAUUUAUCAUUGGCUGGUUUUGAUCACAACAGUGGGACCUUGAAUAUUGCAUGUCUUACAUUAGGCCCCCCAUUAUUUUAUGCCUAAAAUGCUUUUUAAAUUUGCCUCAUACAAUUUAAAGGAAAAAAUUAAGAACUAUCUUGUUGUUAAAGUAUUAUUCCACAAUACUUUUAUAGUAAAUUUUGGUUAGUUCUUUAGAAAUUGUACUAUCCUUUCAGAUAAUCUGUACUCCAUUUUUUAAAAAGAAUUGUGGUCUUUAAAAGUUUAACACCUAUGAACCUAGAUGGACUUCAUGGCAAACUUCUAAAUCUGAGAGAAGAGAGUUCAAAACACAAAACAAAAGCUAAAUGUGAAAUCUGUAAUAGUGUCUGUCAUCACUCUUGUUCCCUUCAGAGAGUCUCACCUGUAAGUAGGUUUAACUGUUUCCUACCAUGUAUACUUUCCAGACUGUUCAGUAUGCAUCAUUGUUUGGUACAAACGUAAAUGGAAAUGCUGAGAAUUAUGAGGAAAAGAAGUAUAUCUUAUUAAAACAAAUGUAAAUAUUACAGUUCAUGAAAUGCUACCGUAUGAUGAAUUUGGGUUUUUGCCCCUCUUUAGUUAAUCGAAGGUUUUUCCUUUUGCCUAGAUUAUGAAGAAACAUUGUGUUCAUGUUAUUGUUUAUAUGCUUUUUUUUUGGUAAUCUUAAAGAUAUUAAUGUCUAGUUGUUCUAUAUUAUAACCAUCUUUGCGCUCUAUGCAAGCCCUUGGAACAGAACAUUCUCAUCUUCGUGUAGGACCUAUGAAAAUUGUCUAUUUUUAUCUAUAUAUUUAAAGUUUUCUAAAAAUGAGAAAAAAAGGUUAUUAUGAAUUUUGUUGUACAAAAUCUGUACAAAAAAAAAAUCUGUUUUUACAUCAUAAUGCAAGAAUUGGAAAAUUUUUCUAUGGUAGCCUAGUUAUUUGAGCCUGGUUUCAAUGUGAGAACCACGUUUACUGGUAUUGUAUUUAAUUUUCUUUUUUUUCCCCCUCCUCCUCCUUUUCAACA